GAAUCUUGGCCCAGUUUCCAUUUUUAACAGUACUAUUUGCGAAGAAUUGGAUUGAGUGAAAACGUGUCAAACGUUUAGACAUUGCUAUGUAGACCAAAAGGUCGAUUGAUAUAUAUAUAUAUAUCAACCCUUUAAUCAUCAACCACACAUCUUACUUCUUCUUUUUGUACAGUUUUCUCUGCAUUUUUGUGUUUCUCUUCACUUACCCAACUAUUGCAAUAUUCAUGGCUAGCUUAAGCUUCAUUGUUGGAAUUAUUGGUAAUAUCAUUUCUAUACUGGUUUUUGCUUCUCCCAUAAAAACCUUUUGGACAGUGGUGAAGAAGAAAUCAACAGAAAAUUACAAAGGAGUUCCAUAUAUAACUACAUUAUUAAGCACGAGUUUAUGGACUUUUUAUGGAAUUCUUAAUCCAGAUGGUUUACUUGUCGUGACCGUCAAUGGAACCGGCACCGUCUUCCAAUUCGUUUAUGUCACUCUCUUCUUGAUAUACGCUCCAAAAGAUAAAAUGAUUAAGACGGCAAAGUUGGUGGCACUACUAAAUGUAGUUUUUCUUGGAGCAGUAAUAGCAGUGACUCUUCUAGCCCUCCAUGGAAAUAUAAGGCUCACCUUUGUUGGAAUUUUAUGUGCUGCAUUAACUAUAGGCAUGUAUGCAGCACCUCUAUCAGCCAUGAGAACGGUGAUAAAGACCAAAAGCGUGGAAUACAUGCCUUUCUUGCUCUCGUUUUUCCUGUUUCUCAAUGGAGGCGUUUGGUCUGUUUAUGCAUUGCUUGUCAAAGACUUUUACAUUGGAGUGCCAAAUGCAACGGGGUUCGUGUUAGGGUCAGCCCAAUUGAUACUUUAUGCAAUGUACAAGAACAAGACAGUUUCACCCAAAUCAACUGAAGCCAUUGAAGAAGAAGGUUCAACCCAUCUAGUGAAAGGAGGAAUUGAGAUGGGUGCGUAUAACAAUGAGGACGAUGAAGGUGAUGUGAAGAAUCGAAGCCUGGAUAAAGGAAAAAGUCUACCAAAGCCGGCAAUUAAUCGACAAAAUAGCUUGCAGAAAAUUUUGAGAACACUUUCUCUGAAUGCUUAUGAUUUGCAGUCAGGUUGGGUUAAUCAGACUGAUAUAGAAAAUGGAGUUAGAAAAGUUGAUAAUGAUCUUUAAUUGGCAAAUUUACAUUGUUUUUCUUUAAUCUUGUGUGAAUGUUAUUACAAAAUAUCUUUGAAUACUAUUUCGGCUUGUUGAACCUUUCAAUGAACUUAAUAUAUAUAUAUUAUAUAUUGAUCUUGUUA